GUUUAAUCUGUUUUCGCUUCUUUUCAGGGGAUUUGUAAGGAGAUAAUACAGGCAAAAAAAGAAGUCGAAAGCGCAGCAGAUCAAAUCAAGGAUGAGGCACAGGAGCUCCAGCAGGAUACUGACUCACACUCUGACCCGCAAAUAAGGCAGGCAGCUGAAUUUGUCAAGAAGAUGAGUGAGGACAUUCUGGAACAGAAGGAAAGACUCUCUGACAAAAAGACCCCGGUGAAAGACACAUGUAGAGAAGUGAAGAUAUUUCUACAACAAAUCACUAACUUAUCUGGGGACAAGUUGCAGUCUCUAAGCGAGGAGGCAAAACUGAAACUUGACUCCUUGAUCAAGAACUUCCGGAAGAUGACAGCCAGCACGUGGAAACUUAUCUUCUGUGUUCUCCUGCUGUAUGAACUGAGAGAUAUGUUUGAUUCAUUGCAAUGUGAGUCCUACAGCAUCUCCCUCAACAGAGGUAGACUCAAGUAUGCAUUUAAGAUGGCGUCAAUGUUGGCCUUGUGGUUGUCGCAUGAUGUGGAAACUAAUCCUGGGCCGCAAUUUAACGACAGAACAUGCAUUGAAACGCUUGUGCGUCGGUUAUCAGAGUCUCUCAGAGACAACCUCAAAAUUGGUGAAAGCAUCUGGUCCAAGGAUGUCGCCAAUGCUGCUUAUAGCGCCGGGUUUUCAAGAAAGUGUAAGUGGAACAAUCCGUCAGGGAAGGGAAAAGACAGCUUCCCAGAACUGAUAGCCAGGGCUAUUGAACUUGGAAGAGUCCUGACUGUCAAAAACUGUCUCCCACCAGACCUGGCAACAUUCAUGGUCAAUCUUGACCAACAGGAAACACGGGACAGACUGAGGCAAUACCUGAAGGUAGAGAACUACAAGACUGCUGUAGAUGUUCUACUCUAUGAAGACUUCACAACCCAAACAGCUGGCACCAUUCGUCACUUGACUCAAAUAUUACAGGAGAAAAUUUCAAGCUCAGGACGAACGACAUAUGGCCCUGAAGCAAGAACACCAACACCCACAAUAAUAAAUUCCGAGUUUAUCAAACUAGCAGACCCUCAGUGUACAGACAACGCGGUCUCAUAUUCCGCUACUGGCAUAUCUGACAUUGUGACACGAUACUCGAAAAAGAAAAGACAAGGAAAGAACAACAAGAUGCCUCACGCAAAGCAGUUUAUUGAGGUAGUUCAUUCAGAGCCACACACAGCUGAUAGAUUGACUUGUGAUGCCAUGUUUUCAGGCAGCAUGAUGGAAAAAAAGGGAGUAGAGACAGGAGAGUCAUCAAAAGAGCUAGCCUCCAGCACAAACACAUUUCAGCAAGAUGAGGACUUCCGGAGCUCAACCAACAGUCUACCUGCACAGUCUCCAAGCACAGUCACACUUCAGAAAGAUGCCGUUGACUACCUCGGCUUAACUAACAGUCUAUGUACGCAGUCUACAAGCACAGCUACCUUCCAAGGGGACGAGGACUGCAGGGGCUCAACUAGCAGUCUACCUCUACAGUCUCGCAUCACAGUAACACUUCAUAACGAUGACGACGACCGCCGUGCCUUAACUAACACUCUAUGUACACAGCCUUCCAGCACAGCUACAUUCCAACAGGUUGACGGAUGCAGCAGUUCAGAUAACAGUUUAUGCACACAGUCUACGAGCACAGACACACUUCAGGCGGACUGCUGUGAAGAAAGGAUUACAGAAGAGAAACGUGAAUUUGUACGAAUGACUUUAGAAACAAUUCGAGACAUGGAGAUGAAAGCCACACCAACUACCCAAGGAAUAGAUUCACCACAAACCUCGGAAGCGGAACAUGAUAUGACGUCAGAAUGUGGCAUCAACAAUGGCCCAGAGGUAUCCAGUCAGGACGAACAGAGUAAUGCGGACUUGGAGUCACUAUUUGAUUGUAACUCUGUUGAAGUGGCUGGCCCUAAACACACACGUGCUAUACUGGAAGCCAAUCUCCCCGAAAAUGUAUCUGAAACUACGUUAUGGGAACUUUUCGAAUCCGGUCCCAUACAUUUCAUGCAAGCUGGUGAUGUAAAUCCACCAUCAAGCAACACUCCAUACGCUGAUGCGAAGACACAGGGUGCACCGGCAGCAGGUGAUACUAGUUGUGGAGAUAGUACAAUUAUAUUACCAUGUGAGUCAUUUCAGCAUCAGAAGGAAAGUGAAGUUGUGUCAAGGACAAUCAAACCCUCACAUGACAUCAUCGACACAGAUAUAUGGGAGACAACAACUGAUAGAGGAACACACGUGUGUGAGACAUCUGAGACAGACACGCGGACAUCUGCGGGAGCGAUUGAUUCAGACACACGGGACUGCAAUUCAAAGACUGAUAGAGACACACGAGAAUGCAGAUCAGUGCCUGAUGCAGACACACGGGACUGCAAUUCAAAGACUGAUAGAGACACACGAGAAUGCAGAUCAGUGCCUGAUGCAGACACACAUGACUUCAAUUCAAAGACUGAUAGAGACACACGAGCAUGCAGAUCAAUGAGUGAGCCAGACAAUCAGGCAUGUGGUACUGGUACUGAGACAGACACACAUGCAUGUGAGGCAAUCGAAACAGACACACGGGCUUGCAACGACAGUGACAGGAAUACAGCCGAAGCAAAAGACUACAUCACCGCAUCUGAGUUCCACACUGUUCUUUCGUCCCGAUUCGAUGUAACUAACAGGAGAUUAGAGAGCAUAGAGAGAACACUACAGAAGCUUAUAUCCCAGAGUUGCAAGACACAAGCUUUAAAACCCCAUGGAGAUCGCACUCUGACCCACGUGAGUAUGGAUCAGGAGCCAAAUGACAAUCCGGGGACGUCACCAGGGUGUAGCAGUGAGAGGAGGAUCACGGGAAACACACGCAGGAAGCGGAAGUUGCAGCAUCAGCAUCUUCCAACGAAGAAAAGACGACAAUAAAGUAUGUUUGAUAACUUCAAAUAUAGAGGCUCUUGUGGAGAAAGGGAACCAAGGACAUCUGCACAGACACAAACAACACUUCAGACUUUGGCGCCGGAACCCCUAUGCCUGAUCUGUCGCUAUUUCAACUGAUUUCUAGGGGGGCGGUGGGCUAGUCAAGUGGUUUAUGCGUUCGCUCGUCACGCCGAAGACAAGUGUCCGAUCCCCACAUGGACACAACAUGUAAAGUCGAUUUUUGGUGUCCCUGGCAGUGAUAUUGCUAAAAGCAGCGUAAAACUGAACUCACUCAGUCUACUGAUGCUUGUAUAUGAUUAGUUAGUGUGUACCAUAGAGUGAUGGUUGUUAGAUAGCCAUAGUUUUUUUUACUUCACAUAUUUUAAAGUUUAUAGUGACUUUCAUUGACAGAUGUGUUCUAGUACAUCUAAUGCAAUGUAUUGUAUUCUGUAUUCAAAACGCUUAAAUAUUCAACUUUUCCUUUUCCAAAUCCUUUCCUCAACCCUCAAAAGGCAAGUAUUUAGCAUUUCAUUUUGGUGGGGUUUUCUCUGUGUGUGUGGUGUCAUCCUUUAGACGGAUGUAGGAUCACACACGUGACUGGGCUCACGUUCUAAUCUAUCACAUCGUAAAGUAUUCUAUACAUACGACUUUCAAUAUCUCUCCUCUUGUCUGAGAUUUUAACUGUCCCUCUGUAUAUCGGAGCUGAAUUAAGUCAUAUUUGCCUUUUAGAAUGUAAUAAUGCCCGCAUGUGAUUGAAAAAUCGAUUGUUUUUUUACGUUCAUGUGUCAAGAAUUCUACCAUGAUAAUACUGGAUUGCGAUUGGUUAAUUAAAGUCAUACGGAGGUAUAUAAUCACGUUACAUACCUCUGAUUUUCCAAGAGAUUCUGUAUCAUUUUAAAAUCUUAAUAAAACGGUUAUGGUGUAAUGGAGAUAAACAUACUCGCGCUACGUGUUCGGUUUUAAUUCAGAUUUAGAGCUAUUUUCAUUUCGCUACAUACCUCUGAUUUUGAAUACAGUAUGUUUAUCUCCUAAAUAUACUCUUGACUGGCCUAUACAGGCGUUUGUGUAUAGACAGUGAAUAUGUCGAUCCAGCUGACCCAAGACAUGUUCUUCAUACCAUGGUAAAUGUUUCCUUUUAGACAAAUUUCCAAGAUAUUCAUGUAUUUGUAUAAUAAUUUCAAUGGAAUGAUCAAUAACUUAUAAGAUAAUUCAUUGUCAGGUUUUUCACUCUCUUAAUUUGUAUUUGUAGAUAUAAGCUUUACACCAGUGAAAUAACAUUUUCGUAAGUUA